GUACUUGCAUUUCCAAAAAAUGUCAACUGUACUUGCACUGGUAGUAGCCAUUACAAAUUCUCUUUUUUGUGUAGAGUACUUUGAUAUUGUUUAAUAAUGGGAAUAAUGAAAUUGGAGAGCCAUUGGCUCAUGUAAUAUAUCAGUUUUGACUUUUUUGAUCCAUAGGGUUCCAUAUUUAUAGUGUUUAGAUGCAUAUGAAUUUCUAAUAGGGUCACAUUUCUGCUUAUCAUUGGUCUCAGCAUUAAUCUGAUUUUUCUAUUUGAUUAGAGAGAGAACCUGCUGAUUAUAUCAUGAAUCAGCUAGUGACCAUAUUAAGGGCAUUUAACUACCAUUUAGGAUAUGCCAUUCUUUUUGGUGAUAAAAAAAAAAUUCUUUAGGGGCAGAUUUGACAAACUCUAUUUAUGCAUGACUCUUCCGAAGUAUAAGAGGCAUCAGUUAAGGAAUAUUUUAACUUUCUGUAACCAUCCAAAUCACUAGUUUGUAAGUGCACGAAAUGAACUUCAUCCACAAAAGAUGGUGUAUAAUAUAUGCAUGAAUCAUGCUGUUUCUUUUUGCCCAUUCCAUCAUUUGCAUGAUGAUGUAGAGAGCAACUGCAUCUUCUAUAAAUACAUCUUAGGAGCCUUUCAGGUCAUAGACGGAAGUUGGAAUUGUACUUGAUGAUGGAUUCUGAUUUAGUGAGGGAAUCUCCUGCCAUUGCUACUCCUAGUUAUGAAGGGAAGAAGAAGAAGAAGAGCAGGCACACAGUCACAAGGAUGAUGUUCCUUGUUGUAUUUCUUGGGUGGCUUAUGGUUUGGGUUUUGUUGCCUACAAAGGUGUAUAAACAACAAUGGACUCCCAAGCUAAACAGCAAGCUCAAUUCCACAUAUUUUGGAGAACAAGGAACAAAUCUUUUGCUAUUCACAUUCCCUAUGAUGCUCAUAGCUGCUGUGGGUUGUGUUUAUCUCCACUUUCAGAAGAAAAAAGGAAAUUCUUUCUCUAGGAGCAUCAGCGCAAGCCAUCGUCUGGCCUUCUGGAAAAAACCAGUGCUUGUGAUGGCUCCUCUUGGAAUUGUUUCAGCCAUGGAGCUUGUUUUUGCUGCCAUGUUCAUCAUGCUCUUAAUCUGGUCUCUUGCCAAUUACUUAUAUGUCAGCUUUGGUCACCUCCAUAUGCAUAAACAAGGGGAGAAAGUGUGGGAAGCUAAGUUUCGUAGCGUAUCUCUGAGACUUGGGUAUAUUGGAAACUUGUGCUGGGCAUUUUUGUUUUUUCCUGUGACUCGGGGAUCUUCAAUUCUGCCUCUUGUUGGGCUCACAUCAGAGUCUAGCAUCAAGUAUCAUAUUUGGCUUGGGCAUCUCUCCAUGGUCCUUUUUGCUGCACAUAGCAUAGGUUUUGUCAUCUACUGGGCUAUGACCAAUCAAAUGGCUGAGAUGCUAGAAUGGAGUAAAACUUAUGUAUCAAAUGUAGCUGGAGAGAUUGCCUUUUUAUUUGCAUUAAUAAUGUGGGCAACAAGCUUUCCUCGGGUGAGGCGAAAAAUGUUUGAAGUUUUCUUCUACACCCACCACAUAUACACUCUCUACAUCUUCUUCUAUGUGUUGCAUGUUGGCACUGCCUACUUCUGCAUGAUCCUUCCUGGGAUCUUUCUAUUCAUUAUCGACCGGUACUUAAGAUUCUUACAGUCACGGCAACGAGCUAGGCUGGUUUCAGCACGCAUCUUACCCUCUGAAGCUGUUGAAUUGACCUUCUCCAAGAGUCUAGGACUAACUUACAACCCCACUAGCAUCUUAUUUGUGAAUGUGCCUAGCAUUUCCAAGCUGCAGUGGCACCCUUUUACUGUGACUUCAAAUUGUAAUAGUGAGCCAGAUAAACUAAGCAUAGUCAUCAAAACUGAAGGAAGCUGGUCUCAGAAGCUUUACAACAAACUUUCUUCACUUCCUGCUGUAGACCGCUUUGAUGUCUCUGUUGAAGGACCAUAUGGGCCUACUUCAUCUCAUUUCCUAAGGCACGAGUCGCUAGUAAUGGUGAGUGGAGGCAGCGGUGUUGCUCCUUUCAUCUCCAUAAUCCGCGAGAUCAUAUUCCAAAGCACCAAACCAAACUGCAAGGUUCCAGGAAUCCUCCUCAUUUGUGCCUUCAAGAACUCUGCUGAUCUCACCAUGCUAGACCUCUUGCUUCCCGUCUCUGGCAUGACCUCGGACAUUUCACAGAUACAGCUGCAAAUAGAAGCCUAUAUCACUAGAGAGAAAGAGCAGCCCGCCACAGACACCCAGAAGCUCCUCCGAACAAUAUGGUUCAAACCAAACACAUCAGAUGCUCCCAUUUCCGCAGCCCUUGGUCCAAACAGCUGGCUCUGGCUAUGUGCAAUAAUCAUAUCUUCCUUCAUCAUGUUCCUCCUCUUCUUGGGCAUUCUCACGCGUUACUACAUUUACCCUAUUGAACAUGGCAGUGAUGAAAUUUAUCAUUUCUCCUUUAGAUGUCUCUGGGACAUGUUCUUCCCAUGUGCUGCCAUUUUCUUAGCUGCCAGCGGCGUUUUUCUUUGGCAUAAGAAACAAGCCACCAUGGAAGGGAAGCAAAUCCAGAACAUGGAAGUGCCAACACCGGUAGCCUCACCAGGGUUAUGGCUAUGCGGCAGUACAGAUAGAGAGCUCGAAAGCCUCCCCCACCAGUCCCUUGUCGAAGCUACCAAGGUGCAUUUUGGAGCAAGACCCGAUCUCAAGAAGAUACUUUUUGAUUGCAAAGGAUCGGAUGUUGGAGUUUUGGUAUGCGGGCCGAGGAAGAUGCGACAUGAGGUUGCAAGAAUUUGUUCAUCUGGUCUUGCUGAUAAUCUGCAUUUUGAGUCCAUUAGCUUUAACUGCCUAUACCAAGACCCUUGCAACAAGAGAGGAGAUAUGGAUCCAAAGGUGAUAAGAGGAACGUCCUCUUGGCUAGGAGUCUAUGCUCUUCGAUCGGUGAUCAGGUUGUUUGUAAUGGCAGCCUUUCUUGGCUACAUUAUGGUAUGGAUCAUGAUGCCCACCAACACGUUUUGGCUGCAUUGGUUGCCUGACAUCCAUGCAAAAACUGAUUCCAAGUAUUUUGGACAACAAGGUGCCAACCUCCUCGUUUAUACGUUUCCGGUCCUACUCAUUGCUACUUUGGGCUGUUUAUAUCUCCACUUAGGAAAGAAAUGUGUUGAUCAUGACAUAGAUGAAAAUUCUCGAUGGGCUUUAUGGAAACGACCUGUGCUCGUGAAGGGCACUCUGGGGAUUGUUUCUUGGAUAGAGCUAUCCUUUUUAUCCAUGUUCUUUGUCCUCUUGGUUUGGUCUGUUUCAGCUUAUUUGCACGGUAUGUUCGCAAAUAUCACCCGCCAAUCAGCAGCAAAGAUGGGAGUGCAAGUGUGGGAAGCCAAGUUAGAAAGUGCAGCUCUGAUGCUAGGCCUUGUUGGGAACAUUUGCCUAGCCUUUCUGUUCUUUCCAGUGACACGAGGAUCUUCUGUUUUGCGGCUCAUUGGCCUUACAUCUGAGUCAAGCAUCAAAUAUCAUAUCUGGCUCGGUCACACUGUCAUGACGCUCUUCACUGCCCAUGGCUUAUGUUACAUUAUCUUUUGGGCUGCAACACAUCAAAGUUCAGAGCUGCUCACAUGGGAUGAGAUCGGGGUCUCCAAUGUGGCUGGAGAGCUCGCCUUACUAUCUGGAUUAGCCAUGUGGGCAACAAGCUUCCCUCAUAUAAGGCAGAAGAUCUUUGAGCUCUUCUUUUAUACCCAUCAUCUGUAUGUCCUUUUCAUCGUCUUUUUCAUGUUACAUGUGGGCAUCUCCUACUCCUGCAUCAUGCUUCCAGGUUUCUACCUUUUCUUGAUAGACCGGUACUUGCGAUUCUUACAAUCCCAACAAAGGGUUCGCUUGGUUGCAGCCCGCCUUUUACCUUGUGAAGCGGUUGAGUUGAACUUCUCUAAAGCAUCAGGGCUGAACUAUACUCCAACAAGUACCCUCUUUAUAAAUGUGCCUAGCAUUUCCAAGCUGCAAUGGCAUCCUUUUACAAUCACCUCAAACAGUAAUACAGAUCCUGAGAAGGUAAGUGUUGUCAUCAAAAGUGAAGGAAGUUGGUCCAGCACAUUGUAUUGUAAGCUAUCAUCCCCCUCACUGAUAGAGCACCUUGAGGUCAGCAUUGAAGGGCCCUAUGGACCUACUUCAACCAAUUUUCUAAGGCAUGACAUGCUUGUGAUGGUGAGUGGAGGAAGUGGCAUUACUCCUUUCAUCUCCAUCAUCCGUGAGCUCCUCUUCAGAGCCAACAGAAUGAGCAGCAAGACUCCAAGGGUUCUUCUCGUUUCUGCUUUCAAGAAAUCUCUGGAUGUCGCCAUGCUAGACCUCCUCCUCCCGGUUUCAGGCACAACCUCUGAUAUUUCUCAGUUGCAAUUACAAAUUGAAGUGUAUGUAACAAGAGAAACAGAGCCCACAAGAGAAAACCAGAAACUCCUUAGAACCAUAUGGUUCAACUUCAAGCCCAACACAUUGGAUGUACCAGUUUCUGCCAUUUUAGGCCCAAAUAGCUGGCUGUGGCUUGGAACAAUCAUGUCAUCUUCUUUCGUCAUUUUUCUUCUGAUAAUCGGCAUUCUUACACGAUACUAUAUACAACCAAUUGACCAUAACACUAACAUGAUCUACUCCUACUCUGCAAGAUCUGCUCUAAACAUGUUACUCAUGUGUGUCUCCAUAUCCAUGCCUGCAACUGCAGCUUUUCUUUGGAACAAAAAACAGGCAACCAAGGAAAUGAGGCAGAUCCAAAACACGGCCGCACCAACACCAACCACAUCACCAGGCUCAUGGUUUUACAAUGCAGAUAGAGAGUUGGAAGCCUUUCCACACCAGUCUUUUGUCGAAGCAACCAAGGUGCACUAUGGUGAAAGACCCAACCUAAGAAGAAUAAUAUCUGAGUGUGCAGGAUCUAGCGUUGGAGUUCUUGUCAGUGGCCCAAGAAAGAUGAGGCAAGAAGUUGCAGCUAUCUGUUCAUCUGGUUUGGCAGAUAACCUACAUUUUGAGUCCAUUAGCUUUAACUGGUGAACAUACUAAAAACAUCGGCUUCAUGUUUACUUCGCCAGAUCCACAACGAGUGAGAGUUUGUCAGAUUCUGCCCAUGGACCUUUGGAUU